ACUUCUAGUGCAUGUAUGGACCAGUCAAUUGAGGCUUCGGCUCCAAAUGGGUUUCAUGGAUGCUACUUACUUGUUUCUCUUAAUCCACGUUGCAAUGGUCGAACCUACGUAGGCUAUACCGUAAAUCCCAGAAAGAGGAUUCAGCAGCAUAAUUCUGGGUCACAAUGCGGUGGAGCGAAGGCUACUGGUGGCAAAGGUCCUUGGGUCAUGGUGCUGGUCGUACAUGGAUUUCCAAAUGAUAUUUCUGCCCUUCGGUUCGAGUGGGCGUGGCAGAAUCCGUACCAAUCAAGACGGGUUCCUUAUGUUCAUCCAAAAGCAAAGCGCGAAACACCUCUUCAGUUUCGGUUUCGCGUUCUCUGUAAUAUGCUGCGUGUGCGGCCAUGGAGCAGACUUGGGUUGACAUUGCGAUGGAUUGAUCAGGAAUAUGUUCAAGAGUUCCCUCCAAGUUUAUCCCCUCCGCUGCAUAUGUCUAUUGCGUAUGGCCCCAUUGAAUCAUCUGAGCCUACGAUAGAAACUCGUUUACACGGUGGCAAGUCGUGUCACCUAUGUAGGCACAAGUUUGAGACUAGGUCAGGUCCUUCUAUUUGGAUUUUAUCAUGCCCUAGUAAUUGCGAAAAUGGUAUCUGGCACUUGCUUUGCCUGGCGCGACAUCUCACAAAGGAUGAUCAGGAGCUUCUUCCCCUCAAAGGUCUCUGUUCUUCCUGUAAAAUAGAGUUGAUUUGGCCAGAUCUGCUAAAAAAUCGAAAGGAAUUCUGUUGA